CUCUGCCUCCUUCUCCAACCGCCAACGGCCGCCUGCGCCUGAGGCCCGGCCCGCGCCCCCUCCCGCUCGCUCCACGCUGCGGCAGCCCCGGCGGCCCCCAGGUGCGCGGCCCCCGCCAUCCCGCCCCGCCGCCCUGCGCCAUGGAGGAGGGCCCUCUGCCGGGCGGGCUGCCCAGCCCCGAGGAUGCGAUAGUGACGGAGCUCUUCAGCCCCGAGGUUCCUUUCGUUUCGGAGAACAUCGGCCUGAAGGCCCCCGUGAAGCACGAGGAGGACGAGUUCCACGUCUUCAAAGACGCGUACCUGGGCCCGGCGGACCCCAAGGAACCCCUCCUGCACGCGUUCAACCCUGCGCUGGGCGCCGACUGCAAGGGCCAGGUCAAGGCGAAGCUCGCGGUGGGCGACAGCGACGGCGGAGAGCUCCUCGGGGAGUACCCCGGGAUGCCAGAGCUCAGCGCGCUGGAGGACGUCGCGCUCCCGCAGGCCCCGCAGCCUCCCGCCUGCAACGUGCACUUCCUGUCCUCGCUGCUGCCCGCGCACCGCAGCCCGGCGGUGUUGCCCCUGGGCGCCUGGGUCCUGGAAGGAGCCGCCCACCCGGGCGUCCGGGUGAUCCCAGUUGAAAUCAAGGAAGCAGGUGGUACUAUUACAAGUAAUAAUACGGAAGAAGCAACUUUGCAGAAUCUUCUUGCUCAGGAAUCCUGUUGCAAGUUCCCAUCGUCUCAGGAACUAGAGGAUGCCUCCUGCUGUUCUCUUAAGAAAGAUUCCAACCCAAUGGUGAUAUGCCAAUUGAAAGGGGGCACACAAAUGCUAUGUAUAGACAAUUCUGGAACAAGAGAACUAAAAGCACUCCAUUUGGUUCCUCAGUAUCAAGAUCAAAAUAAUUAUCUGCAGUCAGAUGUCCCUAAACCAAUGACUGCUUUAGUAGGGAGAUUUUUGCCAGCAUCAACAAAAUUAAAUCUCAUUACACAACAACUUGAGGGAGCCUUACCAUCGGUAGCCAACGGGUCUGCUUUCCCCUCGGGAUCAACUCUUCCAGGACCACCAAAAAUAACUUUGGCUGGGUACUGUGACUGCUUUGCCAGUGGGGACUUUUGCAACAACUGCAAUUGUAAUAAUUGUUGCAACAACUUGCAUCAUGAAAUUGAACGGUUUAAAGCCAUUAAGGCAUGUCUUGGUAGAAAUCCAGAAGCUUUCCAGCCAAAAAUUGGGAAGGGCCAGUUGGGCAAUGUCAAGCCCCGGCACAACAAAGGGUGCAACUGCAGGAGGUCAGGCUGCCUGAAGAAUUACUGCGAGUGCUAUGAGGCCAAAAUUAUGUGUUCUUCUAUUUGCAAAUGCAUUGGUUGCAAAAAUUAUGAAGAAAGCCCAGAACGAAAGACACUAAUGAGCAUGCCAAACUACAUGCAGACUGGAGGUUUGGAAGGCAGCCAUCAUCUGCCACCAAUGAAAUUUUCAGGACUUCCAAAAUUCGGUCAAGAUAGGCGGCCUUCCUCAUGCAUCUCCUGGGAGGUGGUGGAGGCCACAUGCGCCUGCCUGCUGGCUCAGGGAGAAGAGGCCGAGAAAGAACACUGCUCCGAGUGCCUGGCAGAGCAGAUGAUCCUGGAGGAAUUUGGAAGUGUUGGCCACUUAGAGGGUGUUGAGGAAACUCAAGUACAAAUGCAGCAGAGACAGAAGUGUGGCUGCCGGACCCAGGCACUGGGCACAUAAGCGAGCAAGCAACCAGGGAGGAAGCUGUCUUUUGUGGAGCUGUGUCUGGAACAGGCUAGUUGCAAACACAGCCACAGGAAGCCACAGAGGAGAAAAGGAAGACUGAAUUCUUCCCCUUUGCAAUUCCCUUUGGACCCUUGGGAUCCAGAGUCUGUGGCAGAAAACCAGAGUCCCGUCAGCAUCGCGGCGAGCAGGGAGGCGCACUGCUGGGGGAGCCACCUGGCCCCCUUCACCCUUGGGAGCUGGAAGGUGACCUGGAAAUGGGGACUUUGGGAGCUGCCUCUGGGAGGACUGCCUCCAUCCUGCUGUCCCUCUCGGCAACACCGCCAACAGCAAGAUCUGCCAGCCACAUGAGUAAUGUUAAAGUUUCUAGUAGCUGCAUGUAAAACUUUGAAAAGGAGCAGGUAAAAUUAGUCUUAAUAAUCUUUUAUUUAUCCCAGUGUACCCAAAAUACUAUCGUUUCAAUGUGUAAUCAAAAUGAAAAUGAUUGAGAUUUCACAUUCCUUUAUGUAUACCCAAUAUUUGAAAUGCAGGGUGUCUUGUACUCACAGCAGGUCUCAGCUGGCACCAGCCACACCUUAAGGCUUCGGGUGCCUCAGCACAGCCCUGGGGCACCGAAUGGAGGGAGGAAAAGGGAACAAUGUCCUCCAGCAUUCUCCUGAGGCAAAGGGCUGCCUAGGGAGGUUCUGAACCAGGUGUGGCCCACCCGCGGAGCCCGGAGAAAGUGUGAGCAGGGAACUCAGUGGGGGGCUGGGGAUACAGGCCCCCCACAUUGCACGGGAGCCCGCCCUGAAUCCUGGGCUCCUAUGGAGAAGGAGCCUGUGCUGGCCAAGGAUGCUCUGACUGUGGCCAGGUGUACUGAGCUAACACCUGGAGGUGAGGGAAGAGCCAACCUGGGCAGGCACGAGCCCUGCAGGGUCUUCCAGCAGAGAAGAAUUCACUGAGUAGGUGCCGCUUGCAGGGAAUCCCGUCUGAGAAGUGAAAGCCGAGAUAUAGACGUGGAUAAAGCCACUAUGCUGACCAGAGACAGUACAGAAGAUGACUAAAAAGCUAGAAAAUCACAUCUCUUAUGUGUCUGGUGGAGAGCCAGUGCUAUUUUAAAACGAUAUACAAAUUAACAUAUCAUGUUCUUAUUUGAGAGUGUAGCUGUGCAAAUUUAACCAUAU